GAAGCAACUUUAUGCCUGCCUGGGACACUGUGUGGGGAAGACAGCUCUGUGAGCUUCCCUGCAGCAGUGUCCCCAAGGCUGGAGAAGUGUGAGAUAGUUUUGAGUUAGAACUGAUGGCUUAGUAGCAAAGGGUUAACCAGAACAUGUGUCACAGGAGGAGUUCUGCCCCUCUUUCCCUCUGAAGUUUAAAAUUCCCUAGCCCAGAAUUUUCCAGACCUAAAUCCAUCUUUCGCCAGCAACGACACCCUUUCCAGACUGAGGUUCUUCUGGACUGGUGAAGGAGGCAUGAAGGAAAAAGCAGAACAGAACGAGAAAAGAGGAAAGGAACCCAGGAUUAUCCAAUGAAGAAUGGUGGGAGAUUCUGAACAGACAAAUGGAAGUGUUUCUUCACAUGCAGUGACACCAUGUCUGUGAUAUACAGUGAGGUGGCUGCAGAUGAGCCAACAACUGACAGCUUCUGGAUGUCCAAUCACUAUCACAGCACAGUAAAGCGCCUGGUCGAUGGGUAUCGCAUCUGUGACCAGAUUGUAGCCUGUUUCACGGAUCGUGCAAAGAUUGAACGCAGCUAUGCUUUACAGAUGGAGGAGUGGACUCGCAAGUGGCGCCCCCUUGUUGAUGCAAGUCCAGCAUAUGGCUCCUUGCUCCGGGCCUGGCAAGCAUUCUUGGGGGCUUCUGAGCGGCUGAGCCGGCUACACAUGGAGAUGCAAAGGGCUUUGAUCUCAGAGGAUGCCGGGCGCAUCCGGACCUGGCAACGUGACUCCUACCACCGCAAGCUGUUUGGGGGCUUCAAGGAGGCCUGUGAGCUGGAAAGUGGCUUCCAGCGGGCACAGAAACCGUGGACCAAGAAGCUCAAGAAGGUCGAGAAAACCAAAUCUUUAUAUCACAAGGCCUGUCGCAAAGAAUAUGUUGCAACCCUACGGGAGAGUGGAGUCCAAGCUGCCCCGGGGUCUGAGGUGCCCCCAGACCGGCAGCGUGCCUUGCGGGAAGAACAUCAGCGUUGCAGCCAAGAAGCCAACAAGGUGCGUGAGCGCUAUGAGAAGGCCCUGCAGGAGCUCGAUCACUGCAGCCCACGCUACAUGGAGGAAAUGGAGUCGGUUUUUGAGCAGGGGCAAGUGCUGGAGCAGAAGCGCAUUGUCUUUCUCAAGGGGGCAUUCCUUGCUCUGCAUCGACGCCUUGAUGUCACCGCUGACCCCAGCAUCCAAGCUGUUUAUAGUGAUAUGCACCAAGCCAUCGAAGAAAUAAAUGACCAGGAUGACCUCAAAUCGUGGCGUAAUCGGCAUGGACCAGGGAUGCCUAUGAAUUGGCCACAGUUCGAGGGUUGGAGCCCGGACCAGGAGCAGCCACAGGUGAAAGUCAAGAAAGCCAAAGAACCAGAGAAAGUGACAUUGCGCAGCAUCACCCCUUCCCAGAGCAGUGCAAAGCCAGCACCCGUGCCAGUGUCAGGACAGCGGGUCCGUGCUGUGUAUGACUAUACCAGCCAAGAGGCAGACGAGCUAAGCUUUAAGGCAGGAGAGCUGCUUACCAAGUUGGAAGAUGAGGACGAGCAAGGCUGGUGCAAGGGGGUGACCGACAGCGGGCGUGUGGGGCUCUACCCUGCCAACUAUGUGGAGCCCGUACAGGGUUAGCUCAGUGGGUUAGAGAUAGAAGAGGGCGAGCACAGGGUAGGGUGGGGGGAAUCACACACCCGUACACCUAUAUUAGGGCUAUGUUUGUUCUGCACUUCUGACAGCACACUAUGCAAGCACAGAACCGUGCAAAAUUCAGCUUCCUUAGAGACUCCACUUUAUUUUUAAAAAGCACACAGCAUUCAAUCCAUGUGGAUGCAAAGUUACCCUUGAAAAUGUGUGUGGGAGUGCUGCUGGUGAACUCUCAGAACCUGUGGUGGGUUGGUGGGGCUUCUGGGGUCUGCACAGCUUGCUGUCCCCCCCUCUAGCUAGCUCUAUUAUGCAAAAUAAGCCCACUGAUGCUCCAUUUGCAUAACUUAUUCAGGGGAGGGCAGCGUUUGCCUUUGGGUGGGUGGGGAGUGCAGAGUAAUGCAUAGCCCUGAUCACUAAGUCAACAAAAGACACCGAAACAACCGAGGACAAAACUGGGGAGCAAAUCCCUCACACAAGCACAAAGCAUAACACACACACACACACCUGUAUCCAGAUGCACAUGUCCAGUCUGAUUUACACACCAUGUGCUUGCAACCUCAUGCACACCUACACAGCUGCAGAUGCCACCACUCCCUCUCCUCAUGUCUCUGACACACACCUGCCAAAUAAAUCAAGGUGCCUUCACGUUCUUGUUUGUGUCUAAGGCACAGUCAGAAAACACAUUUUGUUCCAAGGGCUUGUCAUCGCCUCUAGAAACCCUGAGAGGGACUGAAAAGCAGAAUCCGGAAGGCGUCUUACAGUCCCAAAGAAGUGCGCUGUAGAGAUCAUGAGAUGGCUAUCAAAUUAACAGCCACCUCUGGGUUAUGAAAGGUGAAGUGAGAUGGCCGUGUAACAUGCAGUUGCCAAUUUAAAAUUUCCCACGUGACAAGUGGCUGUUUUAGAGGCCCCAACCACACAGUAGACUGAGUGUCACCAUGCCAGCCACGCCUUCACCUCCCUAAGAGGCCUGCAUUUUUAGAGAAAAAACAUUAAAGAAGCAAUCACACUAUAACUGAUUGUUUCUGACGCUACCCAAAGAUGUGUGAAAAUGAGGCGGGGGGAUGUGAUGAUGAGCUUACAAGAGUGAACGUUUAAAAAAUAAGGCUAGCUGAUCUGGAGAUUUUGGAAAAUAAAAUGAAUAAGCAUGGUG